UGUCAAAUUCAAUACAUAAAAAAUAAACAAUUCGCCCUUCAUUGCUUGCAUUUCACAACUAAGAUUAUUUCGUAUGGAUUUAUUUUGGAUGAAUGCAUUUAAUUAAUUGUGAAAUUCCUUGCCCCUUCGUUUUAUUAUAAAAAAAUUAAUAUUUUGUGAUGUUUUAGUUGUUUAUCAAACAUCAAACCAAUAGACACACACGUCACUUGUUAAUUCCUACAAUGUCUGAAGCAGGUGAUAUUAAAACGUUUGUCGUUUUGGAUUUGGAAACAAAUGGACUGCCAUCACAACAAUUUAAUACUUGUGCCAUCACGGAACUUUCUGUUUAUGCCUUCUCAGCCAAAUGUCUGACCGACAAAGAUACUGUAGACACUAAGGAAGUGCUAAAAGAUCUUACGCCCGAGGAGGGAGUUGAGGGUUUCGAUCAGCAACCACCAGAACUGCCACGCGUCCUGAAUAAGAUAACGCUGAUGAUAAAUCCAAUGCGUAUGAUUAAUCCAAUAGCUGAACGUGAGACAGGUCUUAGUAAUGAUAUGCUAGAACAUGAGUCACCUUUUGAUUUACGUACGGCUGAAUGUUUCAAUCUCUUUCUGGAACGUCUAGAGAAACCCAUUUGCAUGGUGGCCCAUAAUGGCUGGACAUUUGAUUAUCCUAUUAUUCGUUAUGUUUAUGACAAAAUAAAUAAGUCCCUACCAGCUUCAAUAUUUUGUGUGGAUUCUUUAAAAGCUUUUAGGGAACUCGAUGAAAAGCAUGAAAAAAUUAAGGAAACUAAAAAAAACUCAUCCAUACUAGAGGCUAAGGACAAGGAAAUAGUAGAAAGCGAACCAGUAACCAACAAGGAAUUAGAAGUUCUUAAUACCAUAACGAGUGAUCCGUUGGAAGAGAAUUCCCAAAUUAAUUGGCAACGUGAUAAUGAAACCACUCCUCAGAGGAAAAAGAAGGCUGAAAAACGUACUUAUAAUACCUCAACAGAAAAUGGAAAUGCAACUGAUACCCUACAAGAUAGUGAUUCUCCUGCUAAAAAGCGUUCCGUUUCUUUAUGUGUAAGACGCUCAUUAUUUGCUGAUAAUUUUACGCCAAAAACAAAAUAUCCUCCUAAAGGUGUCUAUCAAUUGGGCAAUAUUUAUAAGCGUUGCUUUAAUAAGGAACCCAUUAAUCUACAUCGUGCCGAAUCGGAUGUUGAAAUUUUAUCAAAAUUAAUUCUACAUUACGGUUUAGAUUUUCUAGCCUAUGCCGAGGAACGUAAGCAAUUAUUUAGCCAGGUGCCCAAAUUAGGUUCUUCAAAUUAAUGGCUGUAUCUUUGGAAUUAUGGCAUUUGGUUGUGUGUGUUCUCAGUAAAUGUUUUACUUAAGAAUGAUUUUAAAUUUAUAUGUAAUUAAGUAUUUUAGUUGAAUUUUUUUAUUACAAAAAUUUUGUAAAUUUUAUUAUGUAAAGAACUGCAUUUUUAAAACAUAUUUUAUACAAAAUAAAGAUA